AUGAGCAACAAGACUGAUCCAGCCUUGAACAUCAUUCUGCAAAAAAUACGACUGGUCAAUUUUGCUGAGCAUGCUGAUGCUCUCCGUCCUGGUCACAAGCCCAUCAUCGUCAGCAUUCCAGAGGACUCCUCGAAGUUUGAACGCGGUGGUAUGAAUGUCCACAUCCCAUUAACAUUCAGCGAUGGUGUGAGAUGGCUUGCACGUAUUCGUCAAAAGUCGACACCUAGCACACGAUUGAUCCUAGAAAGCGAAAUUCAAACGAUGCAAUUUUUGAACGCUGCGGGGAUGCAGGUCCCGAAUGCUUUCAUGCCCAGAGGCUCACUUACUAUCGAACAACAACACGACCUUAUCGAUUCCCUUGCUCGAUUCUACAUCAACCUCUCCCAUAUAUCUUUUACUCAAUCUGGUUCUCUUGUUCGUGAUCCCGCUAGUGGAAACCUUGAGGUCGGUCCCUUAAUCAGCCUCGACUUUUGUCAGGACCAGGAAGACCGAUUGCCCGGACCGUUUUUCUUUGGUCCUUUCCAGUCGAGCGCCCAUCGCUACCUUGCUCAGAUUGAGCAUGUUUUGCGAGAAAUUGAACAGGGGAGCCGAGCAUUUGCGGGAGAUGAAGAUGUUAUCUCGGUAUACGUUGCUCAUCUGUGGUUGAAGGAUUUAAUGCAAAACUCGCCUCGAUUGUGGGAAGAGGGAGAGCAGACCUUUUUGAAACACGCUGAUGACAAAGGCGACCAGAUUAUGGUGGACAAGGAUGGUAAAUUUGUAGGCGUAAUUGACUGGGAGUGGGCAUACACCGCGUCCAAAAGCGAAGCAUUUGCCGCCCCUCUUGCACUAGUAGACGUCAACCCUUUCUUCGACGGCAUCAACGAUUUAUCUUCCAACGAAGAACACCUAGUGAACGCAUACAACAAGUACGGCUUUCCCGACUUAGCAAAAUGCGUGCGUGAUGGAAAGGUGUAUCAGCGAUUGCCUAUGGUGAUUGGCCAACAGUCGGACCUUGUUCAGCUUCGUGCUCUAGAGCAUGCUCUCACUGGGAAGAUGCUGGAUUGUGCUGUGAAUAUAGAGACAGUAGGAGAGUGGGUUGAGGAUAUGGCUGGUGGGUGUUAUCGCAUGCAGGUUCUUGCGAUGAAGAAAAUCAAGAAGGUGCUCGCCGCGAAAGAUUGA